GGAACGACAACCUAUAUGUCUCCAUUGUGCGUUCUAUAUCGCCAUACCUGCAAUUAGCCUUGUUUUGCGAAUUCACUGCUCAGCUCUGUCUGCUCUGCUCAUGGCACUUGGUGUGGCUAACCUUCUCCCACUGCGCCCGCUAAAUACUGAAUUCCCCAAACCCAAUUACGCUCAGUUCCUCGGGAGCUUCUUAGUUAAAAAAUCUGUGAACUUGUAUAGCUGUGAAUCCCAUAUUCGACCUGUAUUAGCUGCUCUCAGUGUAGAAGAAAUGGGGAAAAUCGAAGUCAAAGAAGGGAAACCGAGGUUUAAGUGGGUUGAGAUUGGCCCUAAUAUCACAGAAGCACAAAAGCAAGCUAUAUCUGAACUCCCACCAAAGAUGACGAAUCGGUGUAAGGCACUCAUGAGGCAAAUAAUUUGCUAUUCUUACCAACAGCAGAAUGCCAGUUUAUCAGAUUUGUUGGGUGCUUGGGUGAGGAUUAUGAAGCCUAGAAGAACUGAGUGGCUUGCGAUUCUUAAACAAUUGAACAAGAUGGGGCAUCCUCUUUACUUCCAGGUGGCUGAAGUAGCCUUGCUUGAAGAAUCUUUUGAGGCCAAUAUUCGUGAUUACGCAAAAUUAAUUCAUUCUUAUGGAAAGAAAAACCAAGUUCAAGAUGCUGAAAAUACUCUCCUUGCUAUGAGGAGAAGAGGCUUCAUGAUUGAUCAAGUAACCUUAACUACCAUGAUUCACAUGUACAGCAAGGCUGGUAAUCUUAAGCAGGCUGAGGAAACUUUUGAAGAGCUCAAGCUUCUUGGGAACCCAUUGGAUAGAAGAGCAUAUGACUCGAUGAUAAUGGCUUACGUCAGAGCUGGAAUGCCUCGCAAAGGAGAGGCUUUACUUGGAGAAAUGGAUAGCCAAGAAAUUUGUGCAGGAAGUGAAGUUCACAAGGCAUUAUUAAGAGCAUAUUCCAUGGUCGGUGAUACUGAUGGAGCUCAAAGGGUGUUUGACGCAAUUCAGUUUGCAGGUAUUCCUCCUGAUGUUAAAAUCUGUGGACUCCUUAUAAAUGCUUAUCAAAUGGCAGGGCAUAGUCAAAAGGCGCACGUUGCAUUUGAAAAUAUGAGGAGGGCUGGUCUUGAGCCUAAUGACAAAUGUGUAGCCCUUGUGUUGGCUGCAUAUGAAAAGGAGAACAACCUCAAAGAGGCAUUGGAGUUUCUAAUAGGUUUGGAGAGGGAGAGAAUUAUGGUGGGCAAAGAAGCUUCAGAAAUACUAGUUGGAUGGUUUAGAAGGUUGGGAGUGGUGAAAGAUGUGGAACUUGUCUUGAGAGAAUAUGUUUCGGAGGCAGUGAGACGUGAAAGUGAAAUUAUUGUACACUAAAUUAUCUCCAGAUCCAUGUUGCACCCAUGAAAAUAUCAGUUCUCCUGUAUAGCUGUGCUUUUUGACAACUUCCAUUGCAUUUGCAGUUUUUUUCCUGAUGUUGUCCAUCUGUUGCAGCUUCUUGUAUGUUGUAAAGUGAUAUUAUGAGACCUUAAGCUUACAUUUUUGUAUUAGUAAGCUGAGUUGUAACUUGGAACUCGUAAACUCCAUAUCUUCAAAAUUCUGUUCUGUGAAAUAUUUAUUCUAAACAAUUUCAUUACAUCA